AUGUUUAUAACUGGCAAGCGGAUUAUGAACGCUUUUGGACAGCAGCCACCCAACUCUCAGUCUAGUCCCAUUCAGCACCACAGUGCGCAGGAGCUCCUGGACAUGGCCGUCUACUGUGAUAACUUCAGCAUGUACCAGCAGAACCUCCAUCACCACCAUCCUCAGAGGCCUUCCACGCAUCCUCCCACGUACGGGCUCGGAGAAUACACCUCGCCGACAUCCAACCCGUACCUGUGGCUGAACAGCUCUGGUAUUAACUCGUCUCCUUAUCUCCCUGGAACGAAUGGGGCUUCGUAUAUACCGUCGGGAUACGGGGCGAAUCAAAGGCAGUUUUUACCGCCGCCCACUGGCUUUGGAGGCGCCGACCUCGGCUGGCUCUCUCUGUCAAGCCAGCAAGAACUUUUCAAGAUGGUCAGACCUCCGUAUUCGUAUUCAGCCCUGAUCGCUAUGGCGAUCCAAAACGCACAAGAUAAAAAACUGACCCUAAGUCAGAUUUACCAGUAUGUGGCUGACAACUUUCCCUUCUACAAAAAGAGCAAAGCGGGUUGGCAGAACUCGAUUCGUCAUAAUCUGUCUUUGAACGACUGCUUCAAGAAAGUUGCGCGAGAUGAAGAUGAUCCCGGUAAAGGUAACUACUGGACUCUGGACCCAAACUGCGAAAAGAUGUUCGACAACGGAAAUUUCAGGCGAAAGAGGAAAAGGAGAGGGGAUGCCAAUCUGGGCAGCUCGAACACAGUGCCGGUGAAGUCCGAAGAGGACACCGCCGCACUGAAACUCUCAGACACCGCCAGCAUUCUGAGCACCCCGCCCCAGAGUCUGCAGAAUUCCCCGGGCUCCACUGAUUCCAAGCCCUCGCCGUCACCUUCCAUUGAACACAGUCCGUGUUUCAACAACUUCGUCUCCAACAUGAACUCUAUGCUCACGGGAAACAGCAACGGCAUCAGCGGCAGGCAGUUCGGCACUGGACUUCUGGACGAUUUGACGCAAAACAGAGAGAACUUGCCCAUCCUUGGCUCAUAUUCGCCAACGCAAGGCACACUGCUGACCUCUGACGUCGGCCACCCCACUCCUCGACAGAGCUACUAUCCCGCAAGUCAAAGCGGCAGCCAUUUGAGUAGCCCUCUGAUAAAUCAUUUCAGUGUUAACAAUUUAAUAUAUAAUCGUGAAGGGACUGAGGUUUAG